ACACACCACAAUCAUAUCACAUAUUCUCAUUUCUUUGUCACAAAUUUUCCUCAUUUAAUUUAUAUAAUAAUAAAUAAAUAAAUAAAUAAAUAUCGGAAAGAAAAGAUGAAGAAGCCCUGCAGCGUUAACGUUCCGAUCGCCGUUAUCUUCAUCUUUAUGAUGCUUCUCUCUACCAAUGAAGUAGGGAUAAAGGUGGCGGAAGGGAAGCUGUGCCACUACAGGAGCCAGAGGUGGACUGGGCCAUGCGUUUUAGGGCACGACUGCCACAAGAGCUGCCUCGGUCAGUGCUUUGCUGGGGGCGAGUGCCACGGCCUUCGUCACCUUUGCUACUGCUACAAAAACUGCUAAUCAAUCAAUUAAUUUAAUUAAAUUAACUCCUCCUCUUCAUAAUCAAAUAAAAUUAAAUAAUAAGAUUUUCGCCGCUUGAUGUAAUGCAUGUUGUAUAUGGACAUUCCCCAUGUCUCGUGUUUUAUUAAUUACAUGAAUAAUAAGUUAAAUAAAAAAAAAAGUCUGUAUUUGUGGUUGAUUUUCUAGUUUUGCUUUGUUUCGUGCAUUGAACUAAACAAUUUAGAAAAUAAAGAGGAAAAUCAAAUCACAUGAAUGAAUAUCUUAUUUUUAA